UGGUCACUUUGAACCGGAAUUACUUCUUAUAACGCGAAAUCUCGGCUUGUACCCACGAAUGAACACGCAUAUCGGAGUCUUUCUGCACGGGCGGCGAGUUGCGCACGCGUUAGCAGCAGCCGCACGCAACAGCAGCGACCAUUUGCAAAAAAGCUGCGAGGCCACAGAUCACGUGACUACAGUGAGCGGAGUUACCUCAUUCAAACUGAAGCACAAUGACAACAAAAGGAAAAACUACUGUGGAUCGGGGCGAAAAAAGAAGAAUGUGGCGUGUUGUGAGUGUCAAGAGGAAUGGAUCGAGGCCAACAAGCAUUCGUUUAACCCACCGGUUUGCAACAAGCUCAUGCACUUCCUUCAGCUCAAUAUUAUGUUUGUGGGUGGACCCAAUAUCAGAAAAGAUUAUCACAUAGAGGAAGGAGAAGAGCUGUUCUACCAGGUGAAGGGUGACAUGUGCCUGAAGGUGGUGGAGAACGGGCGACACAAAGACGUCCACAUUAAGGAGGGAGAGAUGUUCCUGUUACCGGCCCGGAUCCCUCACUCUCCGCAGAGGCAGGCAGACACUGUGGGGCUGGUGGUGGAGAGGAGGAGGCUGCUCAGUGAAACAGACUGUCUCAGGUAUUAUGUGGCGAACACCACUAAUCUUCUGUUCGAGAGGUGGUUUUACUGCGAGAACCUGGGGACUCAGCUGGUGCCCAUCAUCCAAGAGUUUAUGGCAUCAAAACAGGCCAAAACAGGCCGACCAGAUCCUACUGAGACAUUCAGGGACCCUCCGUUUCACAUGAACACGAUGAACGUCAUGUCUCCGUUCAGUUUUAAAUCCUGGUUAAACAAACACCGCGCGGCUCUGAGAGGAGGAGGACCCCUCGACCUGUUCGGAGCGCAGUUUGAGACAGAGGCGAUGGUGUUUGGCCCCGGGCGGACGGAGAACACGACUCGACAAAGUGACGCGUGGAUCUGGCAGCUUGAGGGAGAGUCGACUGUUACUAUGAGUGAGAGCCAGUACAGGCUGAAGACUGGGGACAGUUUGUUGAUCCCUGAACAUAACUCAUACCAGUGGCAGCGAGACGAAGGGACUGUGGCUCUGUUUGUGGCUCAAAACCCCGAACGCAAAAGACCAUGAACUCUGCCAAAUAUUUCAAACCUCGAAAAACAUUUAAGAGAAAGGUCUAAACAUAUCACAACUCAACCCACAAAUAAAUAAAACAUUUAUAACGCUGUAAUGUUUUGUGUUUAAAGUGCGUAUGCCAGGUCCUCAUGUUUUUCUAAUUCUGGCUUGGUUUGGUGGGAUAGUAAGUUUUCCAUCAGUUAAGCGUCAGUUUGUGGAAAAAAGUGGAUGAGAAAAGUACAAAAAUAUCCUACAGGAUGUCGAUUUGACCCAUGUCAUCCCUCGAAAAUGCAGAGACAAUUUACGCACAAGGAAGUAUAAACCUUCAGUUAACAAAAUUGGUUAUUAUAGUUAUUGUGCAGUUUAAACAGAUUUUGGCACUUGUUAAAACCCUUUGGUGCUUUUUGGUCGUUAGGCAACAGUUUUCAAAAGUUUUCAUAAGAGACAGAGCACGUUUACAUUUCAGUAAAACACUUUCUUAACAAUAAAAUACAUUUUUAUUACAA